AUGUGCUUACCAUUUGACAAUAAAAAACCAAAUACGUUUUAAGGAAAGAGAUCAGUUUUUCAAUUAUAAUUGAUUGCUUUUAUAUAAUUGGCUUUAUUAUUUGCCAGAUAAGUGGCCUUAUUCUAAUUAGGGGAACUGUUUGAAAUUUUCUUUAUAAUCUUACUGUGGUCAGCUUGGUCUUCUUUAGGAAGUUGUUAGUGCCUCAUCUACAUUGUUAUAACCUUAUAUUACAUUUUAUUAAAAGGGCUAUAUUUUGCUACUCGUUUUUAGAAUGAAAUACCCAUAUUGGGGGAAACUGGAAGAGAAAAGAUUUUAUCAAUUUUGCAUUUGACAACGCUGCUUUUCUAUAUAGUUGCUCAAUAUAUUGUCUUUCUAGCUUAUAGAGAAUUCAUGGCUUUGGAAGUCGAGAAGGACUACACAGUCGAAGAUCCCGAAAGCAGGCCACUACAAUAAAAUGAAAGAAACCAAUAGACCCCUGCCAUUAAAAACUCUGCCUUUACAGGAAAAGGAAUAACAAUUGGUUGA